GUAGUUAGUUGCGUGCGUCACGUUGUGAAUUGAAGACCACGGACCGCUCUGAAUGGCUGUCCUCACAGUCACUGUGGGAAGUUUUCAUGCACCGAGCACCAGAACAAGGGAUGGCCGGGAAGCCUUUCCGAGCCACCUACAUCUGGACCAGUAUCAUUUCUAACCUCCACACUCACGUGGAGGUGAAGCGGCGGCGCCACAAACUCAAGUCCUACCAUGACUGCUUCCUGGGUUCAGAGGCCGUGGAUGUGGUGCUGACGCACAUCACCCUCAACCGGUUCUUUGGCGACGAGGCGGUGCCGCGCCAGAAGGCCGUCCGGCUUUGUCAGGCCCUGAUGGACUCGAGGGUGUUUGAGCCGGUGGGCAUCAAAGUGUUCGGGAAGGAAAAGAAGAGGGCAUCGUUCGAGGACAGCAGCUGCCUGUACCGGUUCCUCAGUCCAGAGGCCGGCUCGUCCCCGCCGCUCACCAGCUCCCACUCCACCAGCACCAUCGAGAGCGGCUACGACUCACCGAGCAUUAACAGGAACAAGAACGGCUUCAGUCCCUCGCAUGAAAGACAAGAGGUGCUCAGCUACUCCACCCACUCCCCUGUGAAAACAAACAAAUCACUGGAGGACGUGCUGGGCAACCUCAACCUCAGCUCAACCAUCACUCCCCAGAUGAUCAACCUCGGCCUCUCUCAAGAGCUUGUGGACGAAGUGUGGCAUCAGCAGGCCGUGUCCAGGCUACUCCAGCUGAUAGAGCUCCCCCUGUUGGAGAACCUGUUGGAGGGCAAGGAGACGCCGCGGCCUCCGCUGCACGGCAUGGACAGCGACCCCGACCUGCUGUACACGUCAAGCUACCUGGACAGGGAGGUUCUGAAGGCCUUCAGUGAAGCGCAGGCUGAUGAGUGGAUGUCAGGGGCGGUGGACUGUCUCGAGUUCCUGCCCGACGUACUAGUGGUGGAGGUCAGUCGAGGCCUGGCCGGCUGUGCGGACGACUUGCUCCAGUGUAAGAAGCUGCUCUACCAGGUCCUGGCUCAGCAUUACGGACAAACACAACAGCCGCCUCUGCUCAGCAACCACGUCUUCGACAUCCACUCUGGCAUCUCGGAACUACUUGUGAACGGGAAGCACGAGCAAGCUCUGGAGGCGCUGCAGCUGAGCCUGAAGCUGCAGGACUCCCGCAGCAGGGAGGAGCUGCGGAGGCUGCUGAGAUUCAUGGCCGCCGCAGCCAACCCACAGGAAGUCAAACUGCACAAAGAGAUCGAGAACAGGAUGGCGGUGAAAAGGUCCUUCUCAAGUGCCAUCGUCUACAGCAGGAAACUCCCCAAAGGAAAGGUGGACUUGAUGGUUCUGUUCAUGAUGGAUAACCACUGUGAUCUCUUCAAAAUCCCCGUCUCAUUGCACAAGAUGGUUAGCGACAGAGCGAUGAACAUUGUGAAAGGGAAGGAUCCGGACGCGAUAACAGGGUCGACGUACUGCACAACAGUGAGCUCCGGGGCCUAUUUGGAGAAUUCACAAAAAACCACUAAAGAGGAGCUUUUGUCUUUACUGCAAACGGUCCACGAGAACCCCAGGCUCUCCAUCAGAGAAAAGAGGCGGCUGCUGGGACAGUUUUAUAAAGGCCACCCGGAGAUUUUUGUUCAGUACUUUGGACACAGAUUGUCGAGUAUCAACAUGUUGCUACAGUGAUAUUUAUUGGUUGAAGGACACGAUGUGCGAUAGUGUAAAAAAGUGGGCGUGAAACGACCUGAAAAUGUGCAGUAAAGUUGGUGUAUUUCUAGCAUGUAAAUAGUUUAGACUACUGAACAAGAAUGUGAAUUUGAGAGACUUUUUAUAAGCUACCAUAUUUAUGGACGUAUUUACUUAGAUGAUUUCUUUGGUGCAGGACACUAACAUGAAAUACCUUCGUCUCCCCGUGUUACCACACUGCAAUGCAUCUCGACGGCUUUACGUGUCUGCAGACGGCAAAUCUGCAUUGUCGCUUUAAAAACAGAUGCAUUCUCUGUGCUUGUGCAAUAGGAACAGUGUUAGCAAUAAAAAUGUGUUUUUUUUUUUUUUUUUUGUCGUACACAAUGUGAUGUACAGUAGAGCUGCGCGUGAGGGAAACCCUCGACCGGAUAUUUGAAAACUAGAAAUUUGAAAGUCUGAUGUGGCGAACAGUAAACGGCAUUCACGGGGCUUCAGCCCUUUGGGUUUUUGUCGGGAACAAACCAGCAAAGCAGAUGUUUGUAUGUUCUUUGUUGUCGUCGUCGUUCUUUUGUUUUUUUGGACCAAAAAACCUUAGCUGCGUUUUAGUGGCACCCCCAGGGUUUUGUUAUAAGUACGUUUUAUGUAAGGCUUCUAAUCAGAUGAGGAAAUUGAUGCCACAUUUCUAGGUGAAAGAAGAAUUUCCAGGCUGAGUUAAAACCCCGGACAUCUUGUCUGCAUUUUGUCAGGUCUAUAAUAAAAUUCAACAGGAACACUCAUACAUUUACAGUACACGAGCCUGUUUUAAUGUAAGAGAUUGAAAUGUGUAUUGUGAUGAAACAAGGAAUGACAUCUUGAAUGUCAAAUAAUAAGGUCAAAAAGCGUUUUUGGUCAACUAAUUUAUCCACACCGUGCAAGAAAAUGUCCAUUUUGGGGAUCAGUGAUCAAAAGAUGGUGUUCUCUUGUGAAAUUAUGAUAUCAAAUUCUGCUACCGAGGUUCCCAGUCAACUAAAAGAACUUGUGAAAUUGUUUUUCACUCAUACUGUGUUUCUGUAUAAUAAAAAGUGAGUUUGGAAGACCA